AUGCAGCCAUUCGAUUCCAUUGACCUCACGAUGCCACCAGCACGUUGCGAGGCGCUGCCUCGUCAUAGCAAAGUCCCAGCAGCUGACUGCCAGGGACGGGGCCUCGCUACCACAUAUAUGGCUCACCUUCUCUCCCUGGGUCCUGCAGAUUGGUUCUCAAUGUCCACCCCAGCGUUCGGUGCCAUAGACCUCGAGAAGGUCCAGCCUGCCCGUCUAUCUGAGCUAAUCACGCAAUGCGACCUGGUGGCCAUACCAACCUAUAACAGCGUUGUCCACUGGAACCUGUGUUUCUACGCACCGUCAUUGAUGCGUCGGGUCAUCGUAGACCUGCAGAAGGUUCAAGUCGACAAUGGCUGGAAAGGUUUCAUCUGUUGUCAGGGGCGUUAUACUGCUCCUAGUCACAAGGCCCUCAUCACUGAGCUGACCCUGCCCCUCCUCAGCACCUCGAUGGUGACAUUCGCCGACAUUCUGAACGCCUUCAUGGCCAAGGGUCUCGAUACUGGUAGCGUGGACGCGAGCGGUGUAGGUUGCUGCCGCUGGUGUUUCCAGGCCCUGCUCUGUCUGCAGCACGCCUCGAUUCUACACCCAUCCUGGAGGCCUCUGGCCGACGCCUAUGUCAGCAAAGUGAAGGAGCUCGCCGUGCAGGAGCAGUGCAUUGUUGCACCGGAAGAUCUCGAUGUUGGCGCCUAG